AUGAAGGUCUCCAUGCCUUCAACCAGUUCUCAGCCAAUUACACUUGAAGCUGGUGCUUACAACGUUUCUGGAUUCAUCUUGCUGCACCUCCUGAGCAGUCAGCUAUCCAUCAGGUUCUUCUUUGCCAGGCAACAUGAGAAUGAGGAUUCUAGCAUGUUGAGGAAUGGAGGGACAAUGGCCUCCCAAAGUGCAUUCAAGCAGCUGGAGAAAGAAAAGAAGGUCCUGGAAACACGGAACAAAGAAAUGGAAAAGGAACUGGCUUUGGUGAAGAAGCGAAAAACGGCGCUUGAGAGUAGAAUUAAAGAACUUAAGGCUCAACCCAAGAAGUUUGUGUCUGAAGAGACAGAAACAGAGAAACGCAAGCUUGCGAAAGACCUCGAGGAAAGCAAUGAUAAGAUAAAAGAGCUGAUGUUGGAGCUGUCGAAUGCGUUGACCAUGGAAAAAAAGGCAAAGAACCUUCAGGAGCAGCUCAAGAGGAAACAGAAUGCAUAUAGCAAUAUAGAACGAGAUAAACGUACAAUCGAGAAGGAGCUCAAGGAAAGCAAAAAUCAGGUAUCAUAUUCUAUUCCAGUCACUUUCGCAUAUGGGUCUGUCCAUGGCAACAACACCAAGGCAAGAGGCUGGGUUCUGAUAGGUGCAGCAAAAACUGGUCAAUGUGAAGAAGAAGCCUACACAGCCCGACGCAGGGAACAAAAGACUCCAGCAUCCAGCCUCCGGAACUCAGAUGUUGAGGGAAGAUCAAGUAGACUCAUCCCAAUCGCGGCGGACUCGGGUACUCAUGACUAA